CAUAUUUUUGCGUGUCACGAUUUUGUCAAAAUAAAGGCAAAAUAACAAUAAUGUCUGAAGAUGAAGAGGAUUACAUGUCCGACAAGUUCCUAGCGGGCCUGCAGGAUGUGCGCCCCAGCUUGGUGCAAGAUCGCGGGAAAAAACGAGCCAUCAAAGUUCAGACCAAGCAGCAGGAAAACCGUAAGCGGCAACGAGAGACUGCUGCAGCCACCUCCAACUUGAAUAAUGAUCGAUUGCAGCAGAAUCUGAACAAACCGUUGGCUGCGGACAACAAAGGAUUCCAGUUGCUGGCCAAAAUGGGCUACAAGGCGGGCAGUGGUCUGGGUAAACAGGCGGAUGCACGCAUCGAACCCAUUGGCAUAACGAUAAAAAACGAUCGCGGCGGCUUGGGCAGAGAGGCAGCAAUCGCGGAGCUAACUGCCAAGCGACAGGAGCUACGCCGAGCUCACCUGCUGCACAGGGCGGGAAUCGAUUCGAGAGAGGAGAUCAGCACAGAGGCAUACCGGAAGAGAGCCAUGCAAAAGGCAGAGGAACGCAAGCUGCAGUACGAUAUAAGGCGGUGCCAGCAGACCUGUGAAUCCCUAGAUGUUGCCACGAAUGUGCCAGAGCCUGAUCUAGAGUUCUUCUGGCCACCAAAACCAAAGGAGGAAGAGGAGAGCGACAGUGACGUAGAACAGGACGCGCCUGAAGAAGAAGACCUUCCAAAGGAGGAGCAAUACAGUGCCGCCGAGCAGCUGGAACUGCUUAUGGGCUACCUUCGCACAGCCUAUACCUUUUGCUACUGGUGUGGCACACGCUACGACAGCGCCGAAGAUCUGGAGACCAACUGUCCCGGUCUCACCCGCGACGACCAUUAGUUGGGGGCGGGGCACAACAAAUACAUUUAUAAUUAUUAAAUAUAUAUAUAAGUUCACA